UAUCCUACCACCAACGUUAGCCGGUGUUAUUCACAGCAUCGCUUGACACCGUGUUUAUGUCACUCCGUGUUAUUUUAUGGUUGUCCAGUCAACAAGAAACACGUGCAUUGUAUUUCUAAUCUAAUCUGUCCUGGAUUAUUGUGUAGCUAUCCCUAGCUAGAUGCAGCAGUAGCGCUAGGUUUCUGCUAUCGUGGGGUUUUAAAGACAGGAUUUUAACAUUUUAGCAACAGCACAGCUCUGCCCCUGCCACAUCAGACAUGCUAGCACCUAAUUAGCAACCUAGCUGUGUGAACAUUCUACCGUUGAGCUAACGUUUACUAGCCGUCGAGCUAACGAGGCUACAUUGCCACAACAAUGGACGACUCUGGUAUCAAGAAGCAGAACUGGGACGUGAAGGAGACGGAGUUAUUUCUGGAAAUCCUCAAGGAGCUGGACAUGAAGAAAUGCUUAGACGGUAGGAAAGUGAGAAAUAACAAACUCUUCAAGGUGGCACACAGGAGAAUGACAGCGGCCGGCUAUCACAGGUCUGUGGACCAGUUAAAGUUUCGCUGGAAACUUCUCAAAAGUGCAUACUACAAGUGCAAGAGAGAACCCGACUCCCCGGCCCCGACCAAAAUACAGGGUUGGUGGCGGUAUGAAAAGACAAUGAUAGCUAUCAUGGAGUCCAGACACCCCCUGGUCGGAGCUGGGGUCAACUCUGACAGGAAUGAUGAAGUGACAGAAGACUCGGAUGGGGAGGCAUCAAUGCUGCAUUGGCCGCAACCCUGCACGGACAAUUCCACUCAGAACCUGGAUUUAAUUAUCAAAAUGGACCCUGAGAUGGACUCGCAGCUGAAAAUUGGCUUUAUUGGUGCAGGGAACAUGGCUUUCGGCAUCGCAAAGGGCAUCCUGUCUGGUAAUGUUCUUCCUGUAAACAUCAAAGUGAGCGCACCGUCCUCCAGGAACCUGGGACGCUUUCAGGAGCUCGGGAUUCCCGUCACUCACUCCAACAUAGAGGUGGUCUGUGGGUCAGAUGUGGUUUUUGUAGCAGUCAAACCCCACCUGGUUCCACUAGUUCUCAGUGAGGUGUCACAACACGUCACGGACCGACACAUUAUUGUGUCUGUUGCAGCAGGAGUAACGCUGGCGACAUUGGAAGAGCUCCUGCCAGAGAAUUCAGUUGCCAUCAGGCUGAUGCCAAAUCUCCCAUGUUUGGUUCAGGAAGGGGCUCUCCUGUUUGCACAGGGAUCCCACGCAAAGCAGGAGGAUGGAGCUCUGCUUCGCUCCUUGCUGCACCGCUGUGGUUUGGUGGAGGAGGGACCUGAGGCCUGGAUUGACAUCCACACUGGACUGAGCGGGAGUGGCGUCGCUUUUGUGUAUCUGUUUGCUGAAGCGCUGGCAGAAGGAGCUGUUAAAAUGGGAAUGCCAAGUGCUCUGGCACACAGCAUCGCAUCUCAAACUGUUCUGGGUGCUGGGAGAUUGUUACGUGACUCCGAUAAGCAUCCAGCUCAGCUCCGCUCUGAGGUCUGCACCCCAGGUGGAACAACCAUCUACGGGCUUCACACCCUGGAACAGGGCGGUGUGAGGGCGUCGACCAUGAGCGCCGUAGAAUCUGCCACCGAGAGAGCCAGGGAGCUCGGCCGAAAGUCAGCAGCAGGAUGCAAGAAAUGACAGAUGCUGUUUACCUUUUUAAUAACCACUCAAAGGACUUAAUUCAAGCCUAACAACAAACUGACUUUUUGGCUCAACCAAUCACCAUGGAACACAAAGACAAAACAGGACUUGUCACUUUUUAAUUUAAUUUUCUCCCUUUUAUUUUCCCUUAAACAAGUGCAGUUCAUACUUCAUUUUCAUCAUGUCUUUGACCAGAGGGAUUUGUUGUGAGCAAAAAGGAAAUAUUGGUUUAAUCUUGACAUUGACAAGUAAAUGAUUUGAUCAUGA